CUAGGGAUGAGGAAAGGGUAAGUGAAAUGUCCAUCUGGGCAGCCAGGAAGAGGCUUAUGUUUUUGUGUGUGUUAAAGGUUGACUUUUCAACCUGAAAAAUCUGUCUUUCACAGUGGCAGAAGAAUAGAGGGGAGGCCAAAAGACAAACUGAAAACAUAUUUGAUUUUUUAAACCAAUUUAUUUGGGCCAGUCUUGUGAUUUUUUGAUCUUUUGAGGUUGGCAAUACUUUAUCCAUUUGUUUGGCUAUGUCUCAUAAGAGCAUCCCAGAUGAAUGUCCAGCACCAGUAAAAAGCGACCAGUUGGUUCCCUCAACAAAAUUGGCUCAAUUUUGGGGAACAUUAGGAGUGACAGCACAAUCUUAUUAGUGUUUUAAAACUGCCCAUUUUGUAAGUAUGAAUGUAAUCUCUUUGUCUAUGUUCUGAUAUGGGUAGGUUCAAAAGGCUCAUCACUCUAGGCCAAAGCCUCUCUUAGCAUUGUCUUUUUUUUAUUUCCCACCAUUAAAAAUAUCCUCCCACAUGCAAUAAUUUGUAUCUUUCCAACCUUAAUCUCAUUUUGUGUGUAGCCCCCUGAGCAAACAGGGGUGCCCCAAGAGAAGAGACCCACCUGUUGGUACUAGUGGGUCCACUCCAGAGUCCUGCACUGCUGUUUUCUCCAGAGCAGGUGGGCAGGUGAGGGGGAUAUGGCUCCCCUCAGUCACCCUUGUGACCCUCCUCCCUCAACCAAUGGGAGGAAGGAAGACAGCAGACCCCAGCAGCUUAGAGGGCAGAAGAAAGCCAGAAAGACUGCAAGCAGUGUCUGGCUCCAUUCAGUGCCCCAGAUGCCUGGGAAAGCAGGAGGAAGGCUAUCAAUAGCUAUGCUUUUCCUCCACCAGGCAGAGACCAACUGGGGAGCAGACAGGAAAGAAGGUCUCCUUGCAGCCUACCAGCACAGCACAUCCAGGACCAGCAACUGGCCUGUCUGUAACCUCAGCCUACAGAAAAGCCCGAGGAGGGGACAAUCCGCUCCUCCUUCCACCAGCCUCUCUCUCCUACCACUGACUGCAGCCUGCUUCCCCUGUAGCAGCCCACCCCGGAUCUGGGAUUUUAGAUCAAGAGACGUGACCUGCUUGCAGCUGAACUUUGUUCCAAUUUUUGAAGACUGUCAGCACAGCUCCAGAAGAGACUGGGGGAUUAGUCCCUCUCCAGCAAUCCCCGGGGAGGACCUGCUUGCUUACAUCAGUCCCCUGACUGCUCACACAAAAUAGGAGCCUGAGUAAACAAACUAAGCAGACGAGCUUAGACUACAGAAUGACAAUGGACGAAGAAGAGCUUCCCUCCCUGGAGAAUAAGUUAAUGAAGAAAGAAAGAGAAGAAAGGAUCCACGUGGAGCUAUUUGAAGAAAAAGAAAGGAUAAUCAGGCCAUGUUCUUGUCUAACCGAGGGACAGUGGGAGGAUUCUUCCUGGCUGGACAUAAAAUGGUGUGGUGGCCGAUUGGUGCUUCUCUGUUUGCCAGUAACAUUGGUAGUGGGCACUUUGUGGGCUUGGCAGGCACAGGAGCGGCUGCAGGAAUCGCCAUUGCAGGAUUUGAGUGGAACGCCCUGAUAAUUGUAUUUGUUCUUGGCUGGUUGUUUGUACCCAUCUACAUCAGGGCUGGGGUGGUGACGAUGCCAGAGUAUCUCAAGAAGCGGUUUGGGGGCCGACGGAUUCAGAUAUAUCUGUCAGUCCUUUCUCUGCUCCUCUAUAUUUUCACCAAGAUCUCGGCAGAUAUGUUCUCUGGAGCUAUAUUUAUCCAAAUGGCCAUGGGGCUAAACCUUUAUUUGGCCAUAAUCAUACUGCUGGGUGUUACUGGUCUUUACACUAUCACAGGUGGCCUUGCUGCCGUGAUUUACACAGACACCUUACAGACCAUCAUCAUGCUGGUGGGAUCCUUUAUUCUCACAGGAUUUGCAUUUGCCAAAGUAGGAGGAUAUGAGGCCUUUAAGGAGAAAUAUAUGAAAGCAAUUCCAGGAAACACCUCAUAUGGAAACAUUAUCAUUGAUCCAAAAUGCUACACCCCUCGGGAAGAUUCUUUCCACAUCUUCCGAGACGCAAUCACUGGAGACUUGCCAUGGCCGGGGCUUACCUUUGGCUUGAGCAUCCUCGCUUUGUGGUACUGGUGCACAGAUCAGGUUAUUGUUCAACGAUGCCUCUCAGCCAAGAACAUGUCCCAUGUGAAGGCCGGCUGUGUCAUGUGUGGGUACCUGAAGCUGCUGCCCAUGUUUGUGAUGGUGAUGCCUGGGAUGAUCAGUCGAAUUCUGUACACAGAUAUGGUGGCUUGUGUCGUGCCUUCAAUAUGUGAGAACUACUGUGGCACCAAAGUUGGCUGUUCAAACAUUGCUUAUCCAAAAAUGGUGGUGGACCUUAUGCCGAAUGGUUUGCGAGGUCUGAUGUUGUCAGUCAUGCUGGCCUCUCUCAUGAGCUCCUUGACUUCCAUUUUUAAUAGUGCUAGCACUCUGUUCACCAUGGACAUCUACACCAAAAUACGAUCCCGGGCAUCUGAGAGAGAGCUCAUGCUGGCUGGAAGGUUAUUUAUCUUAGCUUUAAUUGGUAUCAGCAUUGCUUGGAUUCCUGUGGUGCAGUCAGCUCAAAGUGGGCAGCUUUUUGAUUACAUACAGUCUAUCACCAGCUACCUGGGGCCACCCAUUGCUGCUGUCUUCCUGCUUGCUAUAUUCUGUAAGAGGGUCAAUGAGGAGGGUGCUUUCUGGGGCUUGUUCAUUGGGCUGGUCGUUGGGCUGAGUCGAAUGAUUGCAGAGUUUGCCUAUGGUUCUGGAAGCUGUGUAAACCCCAGCAACUGUCCAAAGAUCAUUUGUGGAGUUCAUUACCUUUACUUUGCUAUAAUCCUUUUUGGGAUCUCCACCAUCGUCAUUCUGGGUAUCUCAAUGAUAACUAAACCCAUUCCUGAUGUACAUCUCUAUGGCUUGUGCUGGACUCUGCGGAACAGCAAGGAGAAGCGUAUUGACCUGGAUGCAGAUGAGAGGAUUGAGGUACUUGAGAGUAAAGAGGAUGAAUCAGAAGAAGGCGAUGAAGGACAAGGGUUCCUGAAGAAGGCCUACAACUGGUUCUGUGGCUUCGAUCAGAAAAAAGAGGCCAAACUGAGCAAAGAGGAGCAGGAAGCGAUGGAGAAGAAACUGACUGACACUUCCGAGGUGCCAUUCUGGAGAAAUAUUGUGAACAUCAAUGGGGUCAUUCUAUUGGCUGUGGCUAUAUUCUGUCAUGCCUUCUUCGCAUAAAUCCAACCUUACGCUCCAGAGUUUUUAUGAAGGUCUAACUCAAGUUAAUUUUCCUUUUGAAUUUGCACUGUAUUCUUCAAAAGAUAAACAACACUACACUAGAUACACGUAUUAGACUAGUAAGCUGAGAUUGAAUUCAUUAAAUUGAUUUAUUCAUUGUUAUUUUUAGAAGUUGGUGAAACUAGUUUGAUUUCUAUGCCCCUUUUUCCUUGCUUUAGAUCCCUAAAGUGAUCCCGUUUUUUUUUUAGUUCAGCUGUAUGGAGGGCUGUGCUAUAGAUUCAGGAUAAAUGAAUCCUUUCAAAAUAUAGGCUGCCUUAUGUAAGUUCCCUAUGCAUGACAUUUUAUUGAUGUAUUCCUUUGCUACUAUAGCUAUUUUUUUCAGUAGAAUUUUUCCGCCUCUAGUCUCUGUUCCAUAUGUUAUGCUAUUUUCCAGUGGACUUUUUCCUCUCGACUCUUUGUUCACUUUUUCUCCUAAGUGAAAUAUGAACCCCAGUAGCUUCUGAGUUUAACUUUUGUAUUUGUGCUGUUUGAGUUGGUUUGAAAUUAGUCAAAACAAGUCUGGCCAGCCCUAAUAAGAGUUGUGUUUAUGCCUGACUCUUCAAGAUUAGCUCUAAAAGUUCGUACAUAGACUGUACAUUUAGUUUUAAUAUGAAUUUAUCCUUGAAUGUAAAAGCUUUAUUUUUAAAAAUAUAUUCUUGUUGAUUUUGAUUCGCCGGCAUGAUAUGUCAAAGUUAGCAUCCAUUUGCAUUUACUUUAGACCUCCAUUUUAUAAGGAAGGCCCUAAUGUACUCUUAAUUCCCCUUCUUAGUUAGUGGAUUUACCACCUGGCAAAUCUUUAUCAUGGGUGAAUGUUCUAAGCAUCAGAACACUGGCCUUGUGUCUUGCUUCCAAGUACACAAAGACAUUACAGUAUUUUUCCUGCCAAAUUAUUAAUCUUCCUUCUCUGACAAUUUCGCUACGAAAUUUCAUUCAUGCCAUGAGUAAGACUGUUACACUAUAGUUUCCCCAAGGAAAACAGUCUCUGCUCUGACACUAUCUAAACCAUUCCACUUGUCUUCACCUUAUUUGGGACUGUGAGACAGUGAUGAGGCAAUGACCCUGGUUUGGGUCUCAGAGACCAAUAUGAUGAGACAAUGUGUGAUACUGCAAGUCCAGGUUGAAAAGUGAAAAUAGAUAGAACUUCUUACCAUCUAAUUCAUCUUCCCCAGGAGGCAUGGAUACAGAGAAGGCACUUGGGAAAUUCCCAGUUGGCACAGUUAAUCUGUAUUACAAUCCUUUGUUGCCUUAUCUACUACAGCUUCCUACGCAGUGAAGUGUAACAUGCAUCUCAUCUACCAGCAGUAUUGUACAGCAUUGUGAACUGUGCUGCAACAUGUAACAGGGAAGCCAAUGUGGUCUUCUGUAAAUCCCUUUAACUUUCAUCACACUGUGCUGUUGUCUCACAGUCUGUUGCUACUUCAGAGGAGUGCAUAACAGAAUGUACUGUCCUCUUGCAGCUGCAAUAUGAUCUUCAGUAUAAUUCUGUCUCCCUACAGAAUCCUGACAUGUACUGCACAGUGCCAAAUCAAAUCAGUAUAAUCUAAAUCCUAAUGCAAACUGUCUUCUUGUCAUGAAUACAGCAGCAGGGAGCAUCUUAAGUCAUCACUUCUAUUGUGCUAUGGAAUUCAUUAUAUUUCACUAACUGUGAAGGCUUGUAUGUAUUAAAAUUUUUCUAAAGUGUCUGGGAUCCGCAAAGUCAAGAGUUCGUUGUAUAAGACAAUGGAAAAUGUAAAAAAUAAAAAAAAAUUCUCUUUGAUCAAAUGCUGAAAUCAGAUCUCUUCAGUCCUGAUCACUUGCACACCUGGGAGUCCGAUGCCAAUGUCUAGGGGUCUACAGCUGUUCAUAU